AUGGUAAAAAAAGGUUCUAUAUCAAUCCUGCAGUUGGUCGCUUACAAAUCAAGAAACAAGCCUGCAUCACUUAGACAUUUCACUUUAGUAGUCCUUGGAAAGAGACCUCGAAAUUCAACGCAGUGUAUAAUAGUCGUUAGGCCGCCUGCAGAACAUCCAGAAAGAAGAGCCUGUUUACAUGUCAAUGCAGGAGAUCAGUUGGAUAUUGCAAAGGAGACGGGCAGAAGACUUGGCAUGGGUACAAAUAUGUUCCCUUCUUCGUCUUUGUUGGGUUGUGAAAAAGAUGAGAAUGAAGCUCUCCUAGUAGACGAGCUCAUUGAAAAGGCAGAUGGCUUUGCUAGUGUAUUUCCUGGUAUUUGA